UGAUGACACCGCUCCAAUCUCUUCUACCUUUAAUCAUUGUCACCAACCCAUACCAUAGACUCAAACCUACCACUCAGUGACAUCCCAUCCUGACCGACCCGUGGUCCCGACUCGACAGGCACGCGACUUUGUCUCGCUCUCUCGUGCAGUACCCUUGGAUACAUAAAGAUCAUCGUCAUCGCCUUUCGCCGAGCUGGGAUAGACAACCACCCUGUGUAAUUCUCCUUGUGGUGAUCGACCGUGUAGCAACCACCUAUCACCGACUCCAGCACCAUUCUGUGUCUUGUUUGUCAUCCGACAAUGACGACCGCGAAUCCUUGUGUGCCCAUGCCCGCCAUGCUUGGACACCGACCGGCCUCCAAAGGCCCCAUCCAUCCCGCUCCCAAGCAAAAGGCACCUUUCGACGCCAAGCUGCUCUGUGCAAAACUGGAAGCCCAUCAACGAGAUUUAGAUCUCCAGCGGGCUCGCAGAGAACGACAUGAGUCUUCCUCCAAACGCCGAAGCAUCUUCGUCCCGCAGAAUGCUGCCCGACAAUUCGCGGCCACCACAACCUGCAUGCCCGAUGUUGUCGUUAAACGACCCAACCCUUCACGGCCCACCGUGUCCAUACCAGUUGAUGCCGACUCCUCGGCCAUGAACCCGAAGCAGAUGCAUGCGGCUCGAAGCGCUGGCAUGUCAGAGACGGAAGCCGUGACUGCCGUCAGCCAUGCCAACGAACCUGUCCGCAAACGAGACUCAUUGAGCCCUAUCUCCUCGUCACAACAACAUGAGAGCUCCGACAAGCCUACGCGCAAAUCUUCCGAGAGGAAAUCCGAUGAGAGGCCGCGACGCCGCGACGCCCAAGAUGAGGUCCGACAGAAACGCAUGAGCUACCGUCCAGGCGACGCCGAGAAACGCCGCGGCGAGGCCAAGGUGACCUACCAACCCGACUUCUCCUUUGGCCUUCAGUUUCAACAAGAGAUCCCUUCAUUUCUCGCCAAGCCCGUCAUUCCCGCAUAUCGCUUAGCCCGCGACCGCGAAGAGGAUAUGCCUUACGGUCCACUCACCUUGCCGACCCAGCACGAGAUUCCCGACGAGCACACCGAGCUUCCGCGUGGCCGCCCACGACCUCAGGACCGACCCAACUGGCGACAAGAUUCGCAAUGUGGGGACGAAGCCCGCGACAUGCUUCAACACCUUCACAUCCCGGGCAAGCCGACCACCAAAGCGAGAAACCUCCACCCAUCCGACGAUCGCCGAUCACGAAGCGAGCAGCGCGCUGCCGGAGCCUCGCCAAACGACCAGCCCCGACGCGGCAGUGAGAAUUUAAUAUCGGACGCCGUGCGACUGAUCAAGAAGGAGGAGAAGCUACGCAAGCGGGAGAGCGUCUUAGCAUUUUUCAAGCGGUCCAAGUCAUGAUCUCCGCGUCGGCGUCUCUUGAGCGUCCUCUCAUAUUUCCUUAAUACUGUACUUUUGCACAUUUCCCCUGCUCGCAUUGUUACUCAUUUCUUCCUCAUCACCACUCGAUUCGAGAUGGACGACGUAUGACGAAUCACCAAAAUUUCUCUAGAUGAUAGCAUUGAGAUAGACCGAGGCAUUUCCCUGC